AUGUCCUACUUCUUUGCGACCCCCGUCGACAUCGACGUUGUCCUUGACGAUACCGAUGAUCGUUCCAUGGUCGAUGUCAAGCUCGACAAGAACCGUCGCGAGAAGGCGCCCCUCUUUAUGGAUGGCGAGUCUGUCAAAGGCGCUGUCACUGUCCGUCCCAAAGAUGGCAAGAGGCUUGAGCAUACCGGUAUCAAGGUCCAGUUUAUCGGCACGAUAGAAAUGUUCUUCGAUCGCGGCAACCAUUACGAAUUUCUCUCCCUUAACCAAGAACUUGCUGCGCCUGGCGAGCUUCAGCAUCCUCAGACUUUCGACUUCAACUUCAAGAACGUCGAGAAGCAGUACGAAUCAUACAAUGGCAUCAACGUUAAGCUGCGCUACUUUGUGCGCGUCACAGUCUCACGUCGUAUGGCAGAUGUCAUCCGCGAGAAGGAUAUCUGGGUCUACAGCUAUCGCAUCCCCCCAGAGAUGAACAGCAGCAUCAAGAUGGAUGUUGGUAUCGAAGACUGUCUACAUAUUGAGUUUGAGUACAGCAAGAGCAAAUACCAUCUCAAGGAUGUCAUUGUUGGACGUAUCUACUUCCUGCUUGUCCGUCUAAAGAUCAAGCACAUGGAGCUUUCCAUCAUCAGAAGAGAGACGACGGGUGCCGCGCCUAACCAGUAUAACGAGAGCGAAACAUUGGUCCGUUUCGAGAUCAUGGACGGUUCGCCCUCGCGAGGAGAGACAAUUCCCAUUCGACUAUUCCUCGGUGGUUUUGAUCUAACACCCACGUUCCGCGACGUCAACAAGAAGUUCUCUACUCGUUAUUACCUUAGCUUAGUUCUCAUUGACGAAGAUGCUCGACGAUACUUCAAACAGUCAGAGAUUAUUCUUUACCGCCAAGCCCCUGACGCUGCCCCUGCUCUAAACGCUGGCACUUCAUCACUACCCUCACACCCAGAGAAUAAGCAGCUGGCUGCUGCUGCCGCCCAGGCACAAGGAUAG